ACGGAACUGGAGGGGGCCGAGACAAGCUGCAGAGUCCCUUCCAACCGUGAACAAAUUUAUCGUUUCAGAGAAAAUUAGGAACCGAAGUCCCAAAAUUGAAGUGAAACCCAGUAGUAUAAGAAGGAAGAGAUAGAAUUUGAUCGUCAAUUCCAUCUCUUUUCAUGUGGAAGAAUCAAGAACUGAAAACCAGUAAGAGCCCCUGUACAAAUCAUUUUCCAUCUCUCUCUCUCUCGGCAAUUCCCUAUCUCUUGAACUGCACAUUGUCUGUUGAAGUUUUUCAUGGUGAGAGUUCAGGGUAUUCUUUUGUUUCUCCACAAUUAUCUCUCUCUCUUAGCUUGCAUCUUCUUCUUGUUCAACUACUUGGUUGCAAAUAGAAACCCUGGAUCUUGAUUUUCUUCUUCUUGUUGUUUCAAUCUUUAUUCUCAGUGAGUAGUUCAAAACCCUAGUGUAAUACACGGUAAUCUUAUUUUGAAUAGGGAUAGGGAGUAGUUUUAUUUGUGCAGAAAUUUUACCAUUGUGAUUGACUGGGUUUAUCCCAUUAUUGUAGAAUUGUGGGCAUAGGUCUACUGAGAUUGAACCACCUAAAAUUUGUGUCCUUGUUUCUCUUAUUUCCGUGUGUAUAGUGUGUGCCUAACAAAAAAAUUUCGAUUCAUGGCAACCCUGCUGAAUUCAGUGUCCCCCAUAGCAAACGCAUCUCAAGAAAAUGCAAGAAAAGCUUGUGGGUUCUUUUCCAAGAUCCCAAAUCUCCAUUCAUUUUCUCUCAACAAGGGUUUCUCUAAGGUUUUAGCAUCUACCCAGAUGACCAUAUCUCCAAAGGAAACUGUAUUCACAUUGCCCAACUGGAGGUCUGGCAAGAAUGACCCAAGAACUAAGGACCUUAGACUCAAUGAUGCAUUUCUCUACUUGGAAUACAUGGUUGGAAAGGGCCACAGGCCUGAUCUGGCUCAUGCCACCCAGCUAUUGUAUGAUCUUUGCAAGCUCAACAAACUCCGAAAGGCGACUCAGGUGAUGGAGAUGAUGGUUGGUUCGGGUUGUUCCCCGGAUCCUUCUACUUACACUUUCUUGGUGGAUCAUUUGUGUAAGAGAGGCAAUGUUGGGCAUGCUAUGCAGUUGGUGGAGAAGAUGGAGGAAUUUGGGUACCAAACCAAUACUGUUACUUAUAAUUCUCUUGUUAAAGGGCUUUGUACGCGUGGAAACUUGCAGCAAAGCUUGCAGUUCUUGGACAGAUUGAUGCAGAAAGGGCUGGUCCCAAAUGCAUUCACUUACUCAUUCUUGCUGGAGGCUGCUUACAAGGAAAGAGGGGUCAAUGAAGCAAUGAAACUCUUGGAUGACAUUAUUGCUAAGGGUGGGAAGCCUAAUAUAGUUAGCUACAAUGUUCUAUUAACUGGUCUUUGCAAGGAAGGAAGAGUUGAUGAGGCGAUCAGCUUCUUUAGGAAUUUGCCGUCUAAGAAGGGGUUUAAUCCCAAUGUAGUGAGCUAUAACAUUUUGCUAAGAAGUUUAUGCUAUGAAGGGCGGUGGGAAGAGGCGAACAGAUUUCUUGCAGAGAUGGUAGGUGAGGAACGUUCACCAUCAAUAGUUACAUACAAUAUAUUGAUCGGUUCACUUGCUUAUCAUGGGAAAACUGGUCAUGCUCUCGAGGUACUGGACGAAAUGUUGAAGGGGCCUUUCAGGCCCACUGCAGCCAGCUACAAUCCAGUUAUUGCUCGUCUCUGCAAAGAGGGUAGAGUCGAUGCUGUGGUUAAGUGUCUUGACCAGAUGAUUUCUCAGCAUUGCCAGCCCAAUGAUGGAACAUAUAAUGCCAUUGCUCUGCUUUGCGAGGGAGGGAAGGUGGAAGAGGCUUUCUCCAUAAUUCAAAGCUUGAGUACGAGACAUAACUCUACAAUGCAUGACUUCUACAGAAGUGUGAUUUCAAGCUUGUGUAAGAAAGGAAACACACAUGCAGCAUUUUCACUUCUGUAUGAGAUGACAGAGAGCGGAUUUAGUCCCGAUACAUAUACCUAUUCUUCUUUGAUCAGAGGAUUGUGCAUGGAGGGAAUGCUGGAUGAAGCCAUGGAGAUGUUCGGGGUCAUGGAAGAAUACGGCUAUAUGCCUGGCAUCGACAAUUUUAAUGCCCUCAUCCUUGGAUUAUGCAAAUAUCGAAGAACAGAUUUGUCCAUCCAAAUUUUUGAGAUAAUGAUCAAUAAGGGAUACAUGCCUAACGAGACAACUUAUACCAUAAUGGUGGAAGGUAUCGUUCAUGAAAAGGAAAAGAAGCUAGCAGCAGAGGUUUUGAACGAGUUGCAUUUGAGACAAGUUGUGAGUCGGAAUACAAUGGAGAGGAUUGUCAUGCAAUAUGACCUCCAGGGGAUACCAGCAUAGAUGUGAAAAGAAAGAUUGUAUACAGUCAAAGGGAACACAAGAUCAGAAAUGUGUGGUCAACACGUAUCAAGACAGAAAUUGACGAGUUAAAAUUCAUGUACUCGACUUCAAGUAGUGAAACUAAAGCUUGUUAGUUUCUCUAGCCGAAAAAAAAAAAAAAAAAGCUUGUUUAGUUUUAGGAGAUGACACUAUAAGACAUUCUGGGCAGGGGAGAAAGAAGUUCAAGGUUGAUGUUACCGAGCCCACAGAAUGUGUCCUUUCCUACGAAGUUCAACACUGAUCUGCGAACGUCUAUACUUCUAUAUUUAUCCAUUGAACAGGUUCUCUCGUGUCAGAUUUAAAAUUGAUUUGCUUUUGAUGUUCUUCCUGAAACUAGUUAGUACUCGUUUUGCCCCUUGGCUAUGAUGAUGUACACACUACAGAUCAAGGUUCUUAUCUUAAUGUAAAUGCCUCUACCUUUUUCCUGGCAA